CGCAUGGCCGAGCUUCAGGCCUCGGGCGGCGGCGGGCCCUCUGGCGCGCCCGGCGGCGCGACGGGCAUGCCGAGUCCGGGCGGCGGCGUGGGCGCAGGUGGAGCGGGUGGCUCGGGCGAGGACAAGGCCCAGCAGGCGGCGCAGGAGGACGAGCGCAGGAGGGCUGCCAUGAGCCAGAUCCUCAGCUCCGAGGCGAGGGAACGCCUCUCGCGGAUAGCGCUCGUCAAGCCGGACCGCGCGCGUGCCAUCGAGCAGCUCCUCAUGCGCAUGGCCCAGAGCGGUCAGCUGCGCGGUCGUGUGUCCGAGGACCAGCUCAUUGACGUGCUCGACCAGGUCGAGGCGAUGGAGAAAGGCCAGAGCGGCGGCGCGCAAAAGUCGGGCAGCAAGAUCACUUUUACGAGGAAGUCGGCGUACGACAGCGACGAUGACUGGUAGCUGUCGAGGUGCGCUGCGGCGCUUGUAACGAUACGUCGGAGGUUCUGCGUUU